AUGAGAAUCAUCCGUAAGGAUAUUGUUCGUAAUGGAGCCGGAAGCGUUAAGAUGGUGCCGGAGGAGUCCAAUGAUCUCUGGUAUGCUUAUAACCUGAUUGCACCUGGAGAUAGUGUAAUGGCUCUCACUGUCAGAAAGAUUCAGAGAGAGGUAAACGGUAUUGUAAGAGACUCUGAACGUAUUGGACUGAAGCUUGAAGUACAAGUUGAGGAAGUGGACUACGACAAAGACGGUGCCGUUUUACGCGUACAUGGUAAAAACAUACUUGAGAACGAGCACGUAAAGAUUGGUGCGUACCAUACCUUGGAGCUUGAGCUGAAACAACGUUUUGUAUUGAGGAAACAAAACUGGGACUCGUUGGCUAUUGAUACACUCAAGACGUCUUCAAGUUCUUCUGCGAGUGGUGAUUUAGGUCUAGUUCUAAUCGGAGAAGGGCAUGCAGAGAUCUUUCUUGUAGGCUCGAGUGUGAGUAGAAGGGUUUCACAAAUAAAAACAUCAAUUCCUAAUCUGAAGCGUGGAGGAAGUGGUUACGAGUCUGCUUUGAAGAAGUUCUUUGAUAACGUUGUGCAUGCGUUUUUGAGACACGUUGACUUUAGUGUCGUUCGUUGUGUAGUUAUCGCAAGCCCUGGUUUUACGAAAGAUCAGUUUCAUCGCCACUUGUUGUUGGAAGCAGAGAGAAAGCAGCUGAGAACUAUUAUUGAGAACAAGUCACGUAUAGUUCUUGUGCCUACAAGCUCUGGAUAUAGUCAUAGCUUAAAAGAGGUAAUGCAAAACCCUAACGUGAUGAAUAUGAUCAAAGAUACUAAAGCAGCGAGAGAGGUCAAAGCUCUCAGCGCUUUCUUCGUCAUGUUUGAUAAGAAUCCAGAUCGUGCAUGUUAUGGACCAAAACAUGUGGAAGUUGCUCAUGAACGUAUGGCGAUCCAAACACUUCUCAUUACGGAUGAGCUGUUUAGGUGUUGUGACGUGUUAACAAGGAAGAAGUACGUUGAUUUUGUGGAGUCGGUGGAAAAAUCAGGUGGAGAGGUUUUUAUAUUUUCUUCGAUGCAUGUUUCAGGGGAACAAUUGGCAAAUCUGUCUGGUAUUGCAGCUCUUCUCAGGUUUCCUUUACCAGAUCUCGAUGACAUUGAGAUGUAA